AUCGUCGAGAUGAUUUCUCCUUGAUUUUCUCAUUUCCUGUCUACUCAGUAUAUCAGUAAAGCAUGAACAUCUGCUCCUCCGACUGUAGUGUCUUUUGGUGCCAUCGGUGAUUCAAAGCUGUCUCUGACUCCAACAGGUAGGCACCACCGUGACGUAGCCUGCCACCAGCCACCCUUCCCUCCCUCCACCCCCACCGUCACCGCCAGCCUCCCAGCUGCGUCCGCCGCUGUCCUGUCUGGCCCCGGUGUCUGCUCCGCGCUCUGCCCCGCUCCGCUCCCAACCCCCGGAUCCCUGAAGCCUGUGCCUCCUCGUUCACCAUCCCGGCUCCCGGACCUACCCCCCUCUUCCCACCCGGUGAAUGCGCCAGCGACCGUAAAGCAUGACGGGCAUCGCCGCCGCUUCUUUCUUCUCCAAUUCCUGCAGGUUCGGGGGCUGCGGUCUGCAGUUCGAGUCUCUCGCCGAGCUCAUCGUCCACAUCGAGGACAAUCACAUCGACACAGAUCCGCGGGUUCUGGAGAAGCAGGAGCAACAGCAGCCCACCUACCUGGCCCUAAGCUACAUCAACAGGUUCAUGACGGACGCAGCACGCCGCGAGCAGGAGACCAUGAAGAAGAAGGCCACGCCCAAGCUGUCCCUGUCGAUCACAGGCGGCAUGUCCCGGAACAGCACGGCCACGCCGCCGCGCCACACCAGCGGCAACCUGACCCCUCCCGUCACGCCCCCCAUCACCCCGUCCUCCUCGUUCCGCAGCAGCACGCCUACAGGCAGCGAGUAUGACGAAGAGGAAGUAGACUACGAGGAGUCGGACAGCGACGAGUCGUGGACCACAGAAAGCGCCAUCAGCUCCGAGUCCAUUCUGAGCUCCAUGUGCAUGAACGGGGGAGAGGAGAAGCCGUUUGCCUGCCCCGUCCCCGGGUGUAAAAAGAGAUACAAGAAUGUGAACGGCAUCAAAUACCACGCCAAGAACGGCCACCGCACGCAGAUCCGUGUGAGGAAGCCCUUCAAGUGUCGCUGUGGCAAGAGCUACAAGACGUCGCAGGGCCUGAGGCACCACACCAUCAACUUCCACCCGCCCGUCUCCACAGAGAUCCUCCGCAAGAUUCAAGGCUAGAGCCCUGCGCUACCAGUCAGCUACCCUGAAACAUUAGCCCUGUCCUGACUCUCCUCAUCCAUCCCAAACACUAAAGGAUCAAGUGCAUGCUUUAAGUUGUUUUUAUUUUGUCACUUUUUUUUUUUUGCAUCCAUUUUUGCAUUCUUCUUUUGUCCUAUCCAAGUAUUAUCACUUGUAUUUUUUGGGGAAAAAAAACAAACAAAACAAACUGUGUAUCUUUGUAGUAUUUUUUUUUUAUUGAUGUACAUUUGCACAUUCGUAUAUGCUAUCAUUUUGUAUUUAAUUUUUUUUCCUCAACUGUUUUACUUGCAUAAGGUGCUAGCUGUAAAAAAAAACAGAAAGAAAAGACAAAAACACAAACGAAAGAAAAGCGGAAGAGUAGUGGGAAAAGGAAGCGCGAGCGACUCCUGCCCUCUGAUUUUUUAUUAUUUUUUUUUUGUUUGUUUGUUUUUUCUCCCGCUCGUCCCUGAGCAGGAAGAACGCGAGCCGGGCUGUUUCGAACGCGCCCCGUCCGCUCGCUGCAGAGUCCCCGCCGAGCUUAAGUCUGUGCCUUCACAGCUACUUCUGGGAGUUUAAGAGCAAGAGUUAAGUUAUACUUAGAACAGAUAUAUUGAUAUAUACGCAACAGACAAAUAUGUAUGUGUACAUAAAAAAAAAUAUAAAAGUAUUCAUGAGCAUAUUCAUAGUUACUUUAUUUUGAAGCUUUAUUUUAUAUAUAUAUUUUUUUUGCCAGUGUUUUAGAAGUAGUGUUGUUUUUUUUUUUUUCUGUGUAUCUGUAAGUGUUCAUACUUACAGCACAUUGUCAUUCACUGACAGCCCUGGUAAGGAUGGGUAGAAAGCCUUCAAGUAACCAAGCCUUCUUUUGCAGCAGCAUAAUCUCUUAGACAAAUGCAGACAUGUCUGAACUUUUAAUCCAAGUAGUUAUUUAGUGGGGAAAGAAAAAAAAAUCUCAUAUUGAGAAAUACUUGUUUACAAACUUACCCUUGCUGCACUUAUUAGCACCAACGCUGCAUGCUGUGCUGCCCUCCCUUCUUCAAUAAUGUUUUCACUUUUUCCAGGUCAUCAUCCUGUUGAAAGGCCCAUUGAUAACCUAGUUUUAGAUUUUACUUGAGAAAAUCUUUUUGAGAAAAGUUUUAGAAACUUGAGAAAUAUUUAUUUAUGAUGCCAUGUGCUCAACAAGGUUGCCAUAGUGAUUGUUUCAGGCCAGAUCUGCAGAGAUUUCUCAUCUGACCCACUAGAUGAGUCUCAAACAAACCAGUCGGCAUGUAGACGCCUCCUAAUGGUCGUUAGGGAGACUUGAUAACACCCAAGUUGUUUUUUUCCCCCUUUUAAGUUUUUUUUCUGACUUUUGUUUUGCUGCUUUUAUUUGCAGUAGAAUAGACAGUAAGUGGGCAGAGAGAGAAGCUGCAAAGAACGCCGGACAGCUGCGUCGGUGCACACUGAAUCAGGAGUGCACCACUUGCAGUUUUCCGGCCGAUGACCGAUCUUUAAAAAGCCUGACCAGCUGACUGGGAUUAUGGGCCACUACCAAUUUUUUUUGACUGAAAAGUUGCUAAAUAUAGCAACAAAGUUGCCAAGUUGGUAACAGUGGGACGAGUAUUGUUAACUGCACAUGUGCAGAAGUAACCUGGUGGGACUGGCUGAUUUUCAGACCUUUGCAGAGGUAGAUGAGAUCAGUUUCUCAUGUUAAGUAUUGGCCAAUCGUCCUAAAUUAAGGAAACUGGGGAAGAUUUAUUGGUGCACCCGUAGUUUGAGUCCAGUUCCAGAUUCAUUAGUUGACUUGAUUAUGGGUGUAGGUGAGUUCAGGAGAAAAGCUGCUGCUUUCUAAACAUUUCCUGACUUUUUGAGAUUUCCACAUGAAAUGGCAUGGUCUCUUGUCGUUCCCAUUUUGAAAAGUAGCUAAUAGUGUCAUUACUUUUACACCCCCAGGAAAUCAAGAAUAACUAAAUAAAAGUUCAACACUAGUAAGCUUAAAACAGUGAAGUGUGAACUGCGAAAAUGCUACAUUAUUUAUUGUGUAGGAGUGCCAAUAAUUAUGGAUUUUGUUAGUAGUUCUCUCCUAACGUGUUUUUGUGUCCCCCACUGAAUGAACUGACCCGGAUUAAAGACUGGAUUUUGCCGAAAAAUAAAAUUGCGCUGCUGCUGCAAUAAAAGCUGAAUUUCUCUAAAGGCUUUUUCCGUUUCGCUAUCAGAGGCACUUGAUUUCUGUGUGCUGUAUUUGCUGAUGAUCUUUUUUUUUUUCUUCUUCCUUCGUUUUACACAUUCUAAAACAUUAUUUUUAACGUCGAUCAGGAAGAGACCACGGCCGAUGUUUGAAGCGUUUCGACCGCCACGUCGAGAAAUUCAGCAUUUCCCUCGCUCAUAGUGCCAGAGCUGCCGCUCCACUCGCUCGGCCUCGAAAAGCAGGCCGAGCAUCAUAUAAUGUAUUCCAGUUGCCAAGAGCUUUUGUUUUCUUGUUUUUGUUUCCAUGAUCGUUGCCAACAGCUCUCCACUGCCAAACAUUGACCAUACCAUGUGCCUGACGGGAGGGAGAAAUGGGAGGGGGGGGGGGGGGCUUAUGAUAGCGGUUUUACAGUGGAGGUCGCCAAAAGUGUGGCAACGGUUGUUCUUGUUCAUCGCGCCUCCAAAGUGUGCAUGGAUGAAUGUCUUCAUGCAUGCUUUCAGAAAAAAAAAAAAAAGAAACAGAGGUUACAUUUGUAUUUAAGAGAUUAUCAUCUACAA